AGGCGCUGCUCCGCCGACGCGCCGCGCUCCGCCCGCAGCAUCGCCCGCCGCGUCUCGGGUCUGGAGUCGAGGAGGCCGAGUUCCCCACUAAUUGACAUCAAACCCAUCGAGUUUGGGAUAAUAGGAGCUAAGAAAGAAAUAGUUCAGCCGACUGUCCUGCGAAAAACCUACACCCCAGAUGACUAUUUUAGAAAAUUUGAACCAAGGCUGUACUCUCUUGACUCAAAUAGUGAUGACAUGGACUCCUUGACAGAUGAGGAGAUCUUGUCCAAGUACCAGCUGGGCAUGCUGCAUUUUAGCACACAGUAUGAUCUGCUGCACAAUUAUCUAAUCGUGCGAGUCAUCGAGGCCAAGGAUCUGCCUCCCCCCAUUUCCUACGACGGCUCAAGGCAGGACAUGGCUCACUCCAACCCCUAUGUGAAGAUCUGCCUCCUUCCUGACCAGAAGAACUCCAAGCAGACCGGAGUGAAACGCAAAACGCAGAACCCGGUGUUCGAGGAGAGGUACACAUUUGAAAUCCCCUUUUUGGAAGCCCAGAGAAGGACUCUGCUUCUAACUGUGGUGGAUUUUGACAAAUUCUCACGCCACUGUGUUAUUGGCAAAGUGUCAAUGCCCUUGAGUGAUGUAGACCUUGUGAAAGGUGGACACUGGUGGAAAGCCCUUGUGCCUAGUUCUCAGAAUGAAGUGGAGCUGGGAGAGCUGCUGUUGUCACUGAACUACCUGCCCAGUGCAGGGAGACUGAACGUGGACAUCAUUAGAGCAAAACAGCUUCUUCAGACAGAUAUGAGCCAAGGUUCAGACCCCUUUGUGAAAAUUCAGCUUGUUCACGGAUUAAAAUUAACCAAAACCAAGAAGACCUCCUGCAUGCGGGGCACGAUAGAUCCCUUCUACAACGAGUCCUUCAGCUUCAAGGUUCCCCAGGAAGAGCUGGAGAAUGCCAGCCUGGUGUUCACAGUGUACGGGCACAACGUGAAGAGCAGCAACGACUUCGUGGGGCGCAUCGUGCUGGGGCAGUUCCCGACGGGCGCGCCCGAGUCCAGCCACUGGCGGCGGAUUGUAUUGUCUGCGCUGUGCGAGCAGCGCACGGGACCCCGGCCCGGCCCGGCCCGGUCCGGCCGGGAUGCGCUGAGCGGGGCCGGGGGCGGGCUGCGAGGAGCCAGCGCUCGGGGGAGGGGGCAGCGCGGCCCCGAUAUCCGCCCCUAUAUCCGCCCCUAUAUCCGCCCACAACCCGCGGGGCCCGGUCCCAGCGACCCCCGCCGCCGGAGGGACCCGCACACCGGCCGGACCGACCCGGGACCCGGCGGGACCCCCGAGCCCUGCGGGACCCCAAACCCUGCGGGACCCCCGAACCCCGCACAGCCCGAGCCCCGCACACUCCGAGCCCCGGAUACCCCGAACCCCGGGUAG